AUGUUAGAGAAUAGCUUAGGUGAUUUAUGCAAAUGUUGGGAGGCUAAGAAUGACAAUAUCAAGAUACAAGUGGGCAACACUAGAGGUUCAUUUCAGAAGAGUUUUUAUGAAGUUGAGCAUGCACACACUAGUCCUUUUUAUUCAAAUUUGCGUGGUUCAGUAUCAAGAGCUGCAUUGAGGCAGAUUGCUGAAGAGUGGUUGAGGAUUGACAUGGUAGGUACCGAUACGCAAAAAUGCGGAUGUACUCAUAGAAAAGUAUAUGGGUUACCAUGUGCUUGUGAGUUAGGGAGAUAUACAUUGAGUGGUGAUGCGAUACCAAUUGAGGCUAUUCAUAUUUAUUGGAGAAAACUAAGUAUGGAAGGAAAUCAAGAUGUAGAUGCAGAUGAUGGAUCAGAAUUAGACAUGACAAAUGCAAUCGAUGAAAUUUGGAAAAGGUGGAGGUCACUAGAUGUUGUCAGAAAAAGAGCAUUAAAAAUCAGAGCGUGUGAGAUUGCUUAUCCGACUACAACAAAGAUGUGUCCACCGCCUGAAAAAUUAAAACCAAAGGAGGGGUUAAGAAGAAAGGGAAGAGACCUAUGGGAUAUGAUGUUUAUCGUGAUCCUUCAGGAUAUGAAUUACAUCAGACCAUUUAUUGAUGACAUUGUUGAUGUAAGAGAUGAUGGAAAUUGUGGGUUUAGAGCCAUUGUAUCUUUGCAUGGUUAUGGCACAGAUGGAUGGUCAAUGGUUCGUCGGGAUUUGGAGAAAGAAAUUAUAGGUUUUAGAAGCAAGUUGUAUGAGGAUUUAUUUGGUAAACGCCUUCCAACAGUGAGAUCAUCGUUGGUGAUAGAAACUUUAGGACAACAACCACCGAAUAAAUGGAUGGCGUUGCCUGAGUUUGGCUAUGUAAUAGCUAAUCGAUAUAACGUUGUUUUCGUCUCUUUAGGUCACCCUAGCUUGAGUUACUUUCUUAUGACGAGUGCACAUUCACCUAAUGCAUCCAUUUACUGCAUCGGAUUUGUCAAUGGAAAUCAUUGGGUUCAGGUAAACAUGAAUGAAGGAUUCCCGUUGCCACCUGUCACAACUGAUUGGAAGAAAUAUCGCAUAAAAGAUGCAACAUCUUGGAUGGUAGGAUUUGUCGGGCGGUUACAACAUCGGCAACGGCUUACGCCUAUACUGCCAAAAUAUGUCAGCUUAGUUUAA